AUGUGGAUCUGUGUCGAUCAUUCAACCGGUCUGAACGCCACCCUGAAGUCGAACAACUACCCGAUGCCAGUUCCCGACGACGUUAUCAGCAAGUUCAACGGAUGCAAAUACUUCAGCAUAAUCGACCUCAGUGAUGCCUACUUGCAAGUAGAAGUGGAUGAGGAUUUAAAAAACUUGCUGAUUAUCAACACACAUCGCGGACUAUUUCGUUUCAACCGGCUAGCACCUGGGGUAAAGUCGGCUCCAGGAGCAUUCCAACAACUGUUGAACACGAUGAUCGCAGAUCUCAGAGGAAUCAAAUCUUUUCUGGAUGACCUCAUGGUGUUCAGCAAACCCGCGCAGGAGCAUCAGGAAAUCCUCAUCGCUCUUUUUCAACGACUGCAAAAGUACAUAUGGCUUCAUUCUCCAUGA